AUGGCGCCCAUUGCUACCGUUGAUACUGACUACGAGGUCGUUGCGAAGUCUCUGCACACCAUCCACCUUGACAUUCUUAGGGCUGGAAAUGCUGCAGAGAGCAAGAAGCUACUGCGUGCUUGCCAGACUCAAGGCUUCUUCUACCUCGACUUGACCAGCGACGUGGAACUAUGCAAGCAGUGGGAAGACUUGUUGCUAGUGAUGAAGCGAUACUUCAAGCAACCAUUGGAGGUCAAAAUGCAAGACGCUAAGGGCAGCGACAACUACGGAUACGAACCUAUCGGCACCGAAGAAGGACCCAAACCCAAAACUAGAGACGGCUAUGAAUCGCUCAAGAUUUCCCGCCGGGAAUCUCUCAAAGGCACCAUGGACCUCACCACAUCUAUUUCAUCCCAGUCAGACCUGUUUUUCUCUUUCAUUCAAAGCGCCCACGCCAUCACCAUGUUGAUCCUCAAGCAAUUAUCACUGCAGCUUGGCCUCAGCGGCUCCUCCAGCUUCGAGUUCUACCAUGUGGACUCCAAGCCGUCCUUUUCCACCCUUGGCCUUUUGCGCUAUCCAAAGCAUGAAGAUGACGUACCUCAGACCAGUGUGGGCCACAACAAGCAUACUGAUGUAGGCUCUCUCACCUUCCUGCUCACCCAACAAUGGGGUCUCCAAUUCUUGUCUCCCCAGACCAACCACUGGGAGCUCCUAGAGCCUCGCCCCGGCCAUGCCAUUAUCAAUGUUGGUGACAGUUUGCACUUCCCAUCCAAGGGUGAGCUAGCCAGCGUUGUACACCGCGUCAUUCCUCUCCAGGACACGCAGAAUGAGGACCGGUACAGCAUUGCGUACUUCUUGCGCCUAAAUGACGAUGUCACAUUCAAUGACUCAACGGGUAAGACUUGGACGGCGCGCGAAUGGCACGAUUUUAAGUUCAAUGUUUUUAAGAGUCCGAGUACCUUAGAUUCUAAAGGGCAAUUUUUGACGGGUAUGAGAGAGGAGAAUGAUAGGAUGGUGGGUAAUAGAGCCCGCCAAGUCACGCCAACCCUGUGA